UUAGUGAUUGAAAAAUUUGACUACGUUUUCCCUGAAAACGGUCUUGUGGCGUACAAAGACGGGAAGUUCUUGAGCAAGCAGAGCAUUCAGGGCCACUUGGGUGAGGACGUUCUUCAAGAUGUCAUCAACUACUGCCUGAGCUACAUUGCAAAGAUUAAACUGCCAAAGAAAAGGGGUACUUUCAUUGAGUUCCGAAAUGGGAUGUUAAAUGUGUCCCCCAUUGGAAGAAGCUGCAGCCAGGAGGAGCGCAUUGAGUUCUAUGAACUUGAUAAGAAGGAACAUAUAAGAGAGAAAUUUGUAGCUGAUUUACAAAGAGACUUUGCAGGAAAAGGCCUCACGUUUUCUAUAGGAGGCCAGAUAAGCAUUGAUGUGUUUCCAGAAGGCUGGGAUAAGAGGUACUGCUUAGGAAUUGUUGCCAAAGAUGAAUACAAGACUAUUUAUUUCUUUGGAGAUAAGACUAUGCCAGGUGGAAACGACUAUGAGAUUUUCACAGACUCCAGAACAGAAGGCUACAGCGUCACAUCACCAGAAGAUACAAGGAGAAUCUGCGAGGAACUAUUUUUUAGAUGAAAGACUUUUUUACAUUCAUUUCAAC